CGAAAACAUGUCCACGCCUCCUAUGCCACGCCUCCUUUACCUAUUGCAGGUUUCAACCAAAUGAUUGCUAAUUCUGUAAUUCGCUGCGCUAGUCCAGUACCGUAGUCUGCUGGUAAAGUGGCCGCUAUGGAUAUCCGAAACUUUUUUGGUCCGAUAAAACAAGGGAAAAAGAAGGCGUCUUUCAGCGGCGACGAUGAUGGUUUUGCAGAAAAGCCCACUAAGACUGACAGGAAGAAGAAAAAGAAGGGAAUAAUAUUCGAUUCUGAUUCGUCAGACGAGGCUCCUUUGCCAAGAAAAACCAAGAAAAAACUUCAAUCUUCGUCAUCUGAUAUUAUUGGAGCUUCUGAUGAUGAAAAAAGUGUCAAAUCAAAAAAGAAAAUGAAGAAAUCAAAUGUCAAUUCAUCAAAAAGGCAACAGAAAAAGUCCGAACCGAAAAAAAUGAAAGAAAUCACACCAGAUAAUUUUUUUGGAGCGAGCAGUAAGACUGUUCGGAAAGAACAAAGGCUAAACAAGAGGAAGGCAUCUGAUGAUACACCAGAGCGGAAGCCAGAAGUCAUUACAAUUGAUGAUGACAUAGAUUUUGAUGGUUCAUUGAGCAUGACACCCAAAAAGAAAGUCAAACGAGAGGUCAAAGUUGAAAAAUCUGAAAAGACUAUUUCAAGCAAGUUGUCUGAUAUGACAAAACAGCAAGAAUUGAAAUCAUCAAAACGACAAACCAGAAGAGAAACUUCUACUUCGAAAACUCCCGAAAAAAGUCGCUCCAAAAACUCUAACAUACCUACAGUCAAAGAUGAGCCCGUGUCUCGUCCGAGCCAAAAACCCACAGAAAACAAUAUUAAAUCUAAAACUGUGAAUACUCCAAAAAAAGUUGAGCCUUUGAAAGAAAAGAAGACUAAUAAACAAACAACACCUGAGAAACCGAAACAGGUAGAAGAAACGAAAAUUGAAGAGAAUCAAGGUAGCUCUAAAAAGGAAAGAUAUGUGAAAUAUAUGCAAUGGCAAAACAGAGGUGGAGCCAAAGCUCCAGGAUCGAAGGAAAUCCCACAGGGAGCAGACAAUUGUUUAGAAGGCUUAACAUUCGUUAUUACUGGCAUUCUUGAAUCACUUGAAAGAGAUGACGCUAAAUCAUUAAUAGAACGAUAUGGUGGAAAAGUAACUGGAAAUGUGAGUGGAAGAACUUCAUAUGUAAUUGUUGGGGAUGAUCCAGGAGAAGCCAAAAUCAAAAAAGCAGAACAACAUAAAACAAAACAGCUUGAUGAAGAUGGUCUUCUGGAAUUAAUCAAAAAUAAACCAGGAAAGAAAAGCAAGUAUGAAAUUGCAGCGGAGAAAGAAGCUGAUGAAGAAGCACAAAAAAAGGCAGAAGAUGCAAAAAUUAAAAAAGAAAAGAAAGCCACGCCAAAAAAGACGGAAGCAGAAAAUAAGUCGACGGUAUCCCCUAUUGUCGAAGACACCAAAACGAGAACCAAAUCUAAAAGUUCAAUGUCACCUUUGACUCCAGGAAGUGACUCACAAGGUUCUAUAUCAUCACUUCCUGAUUCCCAAAAACUCGUAGCAUCGUCAGAUUCCAAUGCUGAAUAUUUGUUAUGGGUGGAUAAAUACAAGCCCAAAGGUUUGAAACAGAUAAUUGGACAGCAAGGCGCAAAAAGUAAUGUUGAAAAACUUAGAGCAUGGCUCCAGGAUUGGCAAAAAAAUAAUCGGCCACAAGAUGGGUCAAAACCAAAGCCGAAACCUAAAGUUAAUAUGUGGGGUGGGGGAGGAGACCCAACAGGAGCGGGAUUUAGAGCAGCUUUACUAUCUGGCCCUCCGGGAGUUGGGAAAACAACUGCUGCUACGUUGGUGUGUCAGGAAUUAGGAUUCGAGUUUAUUGAGAUGAACGCUAGCGAUACGAGAAGUAAACGAACACUGAAAGAAGAAGUCUCACAAAUGUUGGAUAACACAAGCAUUUCAAACAUGUUUGGAAGUGAGGAGAAAAAGAAAACAGCGGCAAGUGGAACAAGGAAUGCUUUAAUCAUGGAUGAAAUUGAUGGAAUGGCCGGUAAUGAGGAUAGAGGUGGAAUGGCAGAAGUUAUACAAUUAAUAAAAACUACGAAGAUGCCGAUUAUUUGUAUGUGCAAUGAUAGAUCUUCCCCUAAAAUGAGGUCGCUCACAAACCAUUGUUUUGAUUUGCGAUUCCAACGACCUCGUGUUGAACAAAUAACAGGAGCUAUGAUGAGUAUUUGCUUCAAAGAAGGAUUAAAAAUUCCGGCUCCUGCUCUACAGGCAUUAAUUAAAGGCUGCAAUCAGGAUAUUCGACAGGUUCUUUAUAAUUUGAGUAUGUUGAAGGCAAGUAAUAAGUCAGUUUCUUAUGAUGAAGCUAAAAAACAUGCUGAUGACGCUCAUAAAGAUGUAUCAAUUGGUAUUUUUGACAUCGCCAGAAAGCUUCUGACUUCAGAAUCAACUUCUUUAUCAAUAAAUGAUAAAAUGUCAUUAUUUUUCAUGGAUUAUUCUAUGAUUCCUUUAUUCAUUCAAGACAAUUAUCCGAAUAUUCGUCCUGGGAAUACUGGAGGAAAUAUACACAAACAUCUUUCAGCGUUGAGCAAAACAGCGGACAGUAUAGCACUCGCUGAUCGAGUGGAUAGACUUAUAAGAAGCGAUCAAGCUUGGGGAGCAUUACCAACCCUCGGACUUUUGUCCACGGUGGUUCCAUGUGAAAUCAUGAGAGGAGGAAUGUCAGGGAUGAUCAAUUUUCCAAGCUUCUUUGGGAAACUUUCCUCUACUGGCAAGAAUCAUCGGUUAUUACAAGAACUUAAAUUUCAUUCAAGUCUUGAAACUGGUGGAGCUAAUGAAACAACUUUUAAUUUAGAUUAUCUUCCUUACAUGAGAUGCCAUCUCACCCAGCCGCUUAUUAACCAAAGUCAAACAGGAGAUACUGAAUUGCAUAAAACAUCUCAAUUGUUAGAUGCUUAUGAUUUAUUACGGGAAGAUUUUGAUAGUAUUGUUGAAAUUGGACAAUUUCCAGGGAAACCACAACCUAUGUCAAAGGUCGACACUAAAGUUAAGUCAGCAUUCACUCGUACAUUUAACAAAGAAAAUCACAAAACUCCUUAUGCUGUGCAAUCUGCUCCGAAAAAAGGAAAGAAAGGAACAGUUACUGAAGAUAUGGGUUAUGGACCAGAAGGAGAAUCUCAAACUAUAGAUGAAGAAGAGGAGGAAGAAGAUUUAGAUGACAUGGUGAAGGCCAAACCAGCUCGCAAGAAGUCUACGGCUUCAACGAGUAAAGCAGGAAAAUCGGCAACUGGCAAAAGAGGGAAGAAAAAAUAGCACACUUGCCAGAUUAUGUUCCAUUUUUGUUCAACACCACCUUUUUAAUUAUUUUGUAUUUACUUAUUUCACACUCUCUUUCAAAUGCAAUUGUCAGCAUUGCAACAUUUAGACUAACGCGAAUACUGCUAGGUGUUGGUGUUUUGUACAUUUGGUAUUCUGUAGUUUCAUCAACAGCUGUUGAAAUAUUUUUCUUCCAUCUCUGAGUAUUCAUUCCAGGCAAUAACAAAGUAAAUAAAUAAAGUUUAUUUAAAUAUAUACACAGUAAAAUUUAGAAAUAAUUUGUAAAAGUCUCAAAUUUAUGGCUGCUGCUUCAUUCACCUGCCUCUUAAUCUUAUUCAUCUCAUUUUUUUCAUCUCCGUUACCUUUUAAAACUUAACCUUGGAAGUUAAUAAAGUCGUAUUCUCUUUUCAUUGAUAACGUGACUA